GUCGGUCAGAUUGUCAGAAAACGCGCAUAUACGGGCGAUCGUAGCGCGAUGUACGGCUGGGUCGGUAAGUAAAUCUUCUGCGCCAUUGCUGUAUGUGCAGUGUGUGUGUGUAUUAUAUACAGUUCUCUGCGCUAAUACGCUUCAGCUAGACAUAAGUAUUAAUAUUAUAAACUGUACACUUCACACACAAUCCCAACACACGGGAGUAUCAGAACUUGCUGGAAAAGCGGUGUCGAGAAGUUUCUCUGGAAGCCCCAGGUGAUAGCAAAACGUGCGCUAAAGGAUUAUCGAAAGAGAUAUCGUCGAGAGGAAAAGCAAAGAAAUAGUCGCGAGGAAAAUGUCGCUCUUUGGAUCACUGAUGGGAGACUGCGAGGACGAUCCUUUUUUCGGGCCUCACAUGCAGUCUAUGCAGCGAAUGAACAGCAUGAUGAAUUCAAUGUUUGCUGAUCCUUUUGGACUUAUGGGACAAAUGCAACAAAUGCAAGCCCCAGCCAUAAUGGAUGGCCACAAUCCACACAAUAGAAUGGUUCAAAUGCCUGGAAUGCAAAUGAUGCCAUUUGGUUUUCCACCUAUGCCGUCUUUGAACAUAGGAAGAAUGUUCUCUAAUUUGAAUGGCAUGAGCAAUGACCCCAACUGUCAUUCCUUUACCAGUAGUUCAAUCAUGACAAUGACCAGUGGUCCUGAUGGAAGACCACAAGUUUACCAAGAAUCCAUGUCAUCCCGCACUGCACCAGGCGGUGUCAAAGAAACUAAAAAGACUGUCAGUGAUUCGCGUACUGGAACGCGAAAAAUGGCCAUUGGUCAUCAUAUUGGUGAAAGAGCUCAUAUUAUUGAGCGUGAACAGAAUUAUCAAAGUGGAGACCAAGAAGAACGUCAAGAGUUCAUCAACCUUGAAGAAGAGGAAGCUGAAACAUUCAACAGGGAAUGGGAGACAAAGACAAAACGUACCAUGAAUGCAAUUGGUGGCUCAUCCUACAGACAACAGCCUAAUCCUUACAGCAGAUCCCAGCAGGAGCAUAGGCAGUUAGCUUUGCCAAGUACAGCUCCAGCUCCAUCAAGUGAUAGUCGGCAGCCCAGUAGAACUCAGUCAAGACCAAUAGCCAAAGCUAGGCGAGCGAUAAGGACAGAAAAUUCUACCUCUAGAGCAAAUAAUUCCAAAUCAACGUCACGAUCCGCCGAGAGUACCACUACCAGCUCGUCUCCCAGAGCGGCCCACAGCAACGGCAACAGCAGCCACCACCAGCACCAGCAUCAUCAACAUCAUCAACAGCAGCAUCAGCAUCAGCAUCAGCAGCAGCAACAACAACAACAACAUCACGAGACGUCCUCGACAGAUACACCGCAGAACCUGAGCACGACGAGUCGGAAACGGGAGCACAGUCCCGAGAUCAUCGAGACGAUCGUCCACAACAACCACAAACGCCAGUCGACGUCACCCAACAACUCGGCUCGCAAUUCACGCGACUAGGAGAUGUCGAUGAUUGUCUUCAAGACGUCGUAUUCCAGGAGUCUCUGAUGAUCUUCUUGCCUGAUGUCAUACUACAAUAUUUUUCUUUCUUUCUUUCUUUCUUUCUUUCCUUCCUGACUAUACCAACGACCAUAUAAUAAUGGAAUAUUACUAUACACACUAUGUAUUUUACGGAGAAUCUCCUAUUUCCUUUACACAAGUUAUUAGAAUAAUAUAGGGAGACUUAGGGUCUUUAGAGUUUAACAAUUUUAAGUACCUUCUGCGGUCGUUGCAUGUACGUGCAGUGUAAUAGUUGCGGCUCGACUCUAUUCUUUCUUUCUUUUCUUUUUUUUUUUUUUAUCAUAGUUGAACAUUAAUUUUGUACUGUCCACAUGUACGCGACGCGCCGUUUUUAGAGACGAGUCGCCGCCGCUGGCAAAGGCGCAUUACAACAGAGCCGAGUCUAUUUUAACGAUUUCGAAUUGUAUUAGGUAUUUCCGAGGCGCGUCGUCGCUCGUGCGCGCGCGAUGCGUUUUAUAGAUUCCGCGGGUUGUAUUUUUCGCUGCCGUUGUCUACAACUGAUGUCUCAAGGCGACGGAGGGCAAAAAUAAUUUCGCCAGUAUUGCCAAUUUUCAACGUUCUAUUGUAUUUCAAUUUGACGAUGGUGAUGGUGGUGUAAUGCUGUACCGCGCAUCCCUUCGUUCAUACUCAUUUAGUGAAUUUUAACUUUUCGAGCGAGCUUAUAACGUAGUUGUGAGAAUCUUUCCGUUUCGAAUAUUAUGCGCGGUAGUAUAGCUGAUGACGAAAAAUAAUAGACUUGUUUAUUUUGUUACGUGACUGGUACUUUGAUUUAGACAAUUGCCGUGACGCAACGCGAAGAUUAUUUGACGAGUACGACUCGACGCAACGACUGUGCGUAUUUACAAACAGUUUCCAGUUUAAAAGAUGUAAAGUAUUUGUAAGUUGGAGAAACCAGUCCAGUGUACCUCUGACAAUCGUGUGCGUCGGCUCGAGUCGAUGAUCUUCGAGUAUAUAGAUAUAUAUAUAUUUUUUUUUCUUCGUGUCUAUGACAUUUUUCAAAGCGCUACGGGGAGCAGUCGUAGGUAUAAAUGUGAAAAAUAUAAUCAACCAUGUAAUUUAUAAUGGAUCAAUACAAUAAAGUAAAUGAAAUAUG